GGUCAAAAUAUCCAGAUGUGAGGCCAUGGACUCAGAGGCAGUGGUGCGCUGUCUGCGAAGCAAGAGUGAAGAGGAGAUUCUGGCUCUUAACAAGGUUUUCAAGAUUAUUCCCGGUGUGGUGGAUGGGGCAGUCCUACCCAGGCACCCCCAGGAGCUGUUGGCCUCUGUGAACUUUCACCCUGUCCCCAGCAUCAUUGGUGUCAACAAUGAUGAAUAUGGCUGGAUCAUCCCCUCGAGCAUUAGCACCGCUGACUCAUGGAAGAAAAUGGACAGACAGACUGUGCAGACUGUCUUGCAGAGAAGGUCAGAACGUAUGAGGUGGCCUCCUGUGUUUAGUGACCUGUUGAUCGAAAUCAUAUAA